AUGAAAGGCACUUCAGACAAGAAGACCGGCAAGGUGGUGGCCAAGGCGGAGAAGAAGGUCGGGAAGAAGGAGCAGAAGGAGGCCGAGAAGGGGCGCAAGCCCAGCGAUACCAGCAAAAUCUCCAAGCAUGAGAAGUUGUCUAAGAAGGCGGCCAAAAGGGCGCUUUCCUCUGAUAGUGAGGAGGCUGCCCAGUCAUCCAAGGUCGGCAAGGCGGCCAGCAAGAAGGCACGAGUUGAAGACUCUGCUGAUGAGGGCGAGCCUAGCAUCAUCAGUCCCAGGUCAACCGCGCGCAUCUUUCGAGGCCCUCCUCGCGUCCAUGGUCGCGAGGACAUCCUCGUCACCCCCAAGAAGCUCGACGCAGCGGAGGCCCGAAUUCUGUCUCUCGCCAAAAGCUCCUCCGAGAUUGCGUAUGCUGCUGCGCAGUACUACGAGGAAAGGGGGUUGCGCAAUGACCGUGAUGAGCCCUUGUACACGCAGGCGGAACUGGACGCGAGGUUCCGCGCCGUGUGCCUACCGGUCAUCGGACGCGAACCUCAACCGAUGGGUCUACGGAGUUUGACUCAGAAGGCGAAGAAGGCGGUGGUGGACCUCAGGGGUAGCGUCCAUCCUUGA